GAUCACUUGACGCAGUUUAGCACGCAGCUAAAAGGGCCGAAGGCGAAAUGCGAGUAGACACGCAUACCUGCCAGAGCCCUUCAUUGCCGGAAUAAGUAGCCAAAGGGAGCCCACCCGACGAGAAGGAGCCUGGAUUAUUUAACAGAGACACUCUGGUAGAAUCUACUAAACCACAACAAUCCAAUUAAACCGUGAAAUCUCUCCCAAGGCCAAAAAUGCUCUUCCCCACAGCCGCCCUCGCCGCCUCCCUCUGGGCCUCCACGACCCUCAGCCAACCCUCCAACCCGUCGUCCCGCCCAUUCCACCUCCACACGCAACUCAAGCCCGACCAGCCCGGCAAGGACCGCUUCGACAACCUAUGGCUGUACGCCUACCACACGGGCGCGGGCCUCAACGACGCCAUGCUAUCGGGCAACAAGACGCACGCCAUCGCGGGCUUCCUGACCGCCAGCAACAUCACCACGACGCCCGGCGGCGACGCCCUCUACGGCGUUGGCUUCGACCUCGGCGGCGACACCGGCUUGUCCUGGGGCCUGGGCCCGCAGAUCGGCGUCAACACGUACGCCGCGUGGCAGCCCGUGCGGAUCGACGCCGGGGGCGCGGCUGCCGGCGAGUACAGCGCCUUCUUCGUCGACGGGGACGGGUUGCAGUGGACGACGAGUGCGACAGGGAUACCGGAUAGCUUUGGCGGGUGGUUUGUUUGCAACUGGUGGCAUGGGGAUAUUGACGGGGCUGGCGCUGGGCCGCAGCUGUUUUUCAGGGUUAAUGGGUUUGGUCACAUUGCUCUUGAGACCUGUGCGGAUGUCUUCCUAGUCCCUGAGUACAUCUGAAAUGUGUGAGUUCGAGUCGUGCAUUCAUGUUCCCCACGCAGAGGCGGCUGGGAAGAUGCCGUUUUGGAUAGGUAGGUAAUUAUUGGCGCAAGCAUUUUUUACUAGAGAUUAUAGCACUUAUUAGCAUCCUAGCCAAGAAAAUAAAUAAAGUGAUG